UCGCAAUUGGAUGGGCAUCACAUAUGCUGUCCAUGCCCGCGCACGGGAUGUGUAGUUGUAUUCGAGGUCUUCGUCAACCUCCACUCAGAGGGAGCCUCAGUCUUCACCGGGGAUGCCUGCGCUGCUAGGCUGCUAGCUCCAAUCACACCGUGUAAUCCGGAACCCCAACCAACCGAGCUAGCCGCAGACUCGCAGCUCCAGCUCUGAUUUCACCCCAUGGCGCCACCCGGCGAGGCGAGGCUCGUCGAGGACCUGCGGGACUUCCUCGACGACUUCGCGUUCCGGGCCAAGCGCCUGGCCGCGCCGCUGCUGCGGCCGUUCGGGCCCUCGGCCGAGCCGGGCGCCGUCGACGACGGCGAGCUCGACAAGCUGAGGGCCAAGCUCAGGCGCAUCCGCGCCACGCUCCGGGCCGCCGAGGACCGGGUGGUGGCCGACGACUUCGUCGCGCUGUGGCUGCGGGAGCUCCGGGACCUGGAGCACGCGGCGGAGGACGUGCUCGAGGAGCUCGAGUUCGAGGCGCUCCGCGCGGCGCGCCUCGAGGGGUUCAAGGCCCAGCUCCUCCGGUCCUGCGCCGGCGGCGGGAAGCGGAAGCGCGAGAUCAGCCAGAUGUACUCUUCCUCCCCCGACCGCCUCAGCCGCAAGAUCGCCAAGAUCAUGGAGCGGUACAACGAGAUCGCGCGGGACAGGGACGCGCUCCGGCUGAGGAGCGGCGAUGGGGAGAGGCGGCAGGAGCUCAGCCCCAUGACGCCCACCAGCUGCUUGAUGAAAUGCCGGCUCCAUGGCAGGGAGCGGGACAUGAGGCAGGUCACUGAGAUGCUAUUAUCUGACGAGGCUUGCUGCUCUGAUGUCUAUUCUGUUGUUCCUAUUGUUGGCCCAGCCGGUGUUGGGAAGACCAGUCUUGCCCAACACAUCUACAAUGACGAGGCCAUCAGCUCAAAGUUUGACAUUAAGAUGUGGGUAUGGGUGUGCCAAGAAUUCGAUGUCUUGAAGCUUUCACGGAAACUUGCUGAAGAGGCUACGGAGUCCCCAUGUGACUUUGCUGACAUUAACCAGAUGCAUCGCGUCAUCACUGAUCGGCUGAAGGGGAAGCAGUUCUUGCUUGUUCUUGAUGAUGUAUGGGAUGAAAGCCGAGACCGCUGGGUGAGCUUGCAGGUGCCUCUGGAAUGCGCUGCAAGGGGGAGCAAAAUUGUAGUGACCACGAGAAGUACUAAAGUUGCCAAAAUGGUGGCUUUGAAGAUGCACCAAUUGGGGUACCUGUCUGAUACUAACUGCUGGUCUGUGUGCCACGAUGCUGCCUUGCGAGGUCGUGAUCCCAGUAUUAUCAGCGAGAGUCUUACUUCUAUUGGUAAAUCGGUCGCAGCAAGAUGCAAAGGUUUGCCAUUGGCUGCAAAUGCCGUUGGCCAUGUUUUAUCCAGUGCAAUUGAUAGGAAUCAUUGGGAGGCUGUUGAGCAGAGCGAUUUCUGGAACAGUGAAGUGGUUGGGCAGACCCUUCCUGCUCUUCUGGUGAGCUACAACAGCUUGCAGAAGCACUUGAAGCCCUGCUUCUCUUAUUGCUCAUUAUUUCCAAAAGAUUAUUUGUUUAGAAAAGACAAAAUGGUCCGUCUAUGGUUGGCACAAGGCUUUGUUGAAGUAGACAGAGAACAUCAUGAUGAGGAUAUUGCCUGCAAAUAUUUUGAUGACUUAGUGGAGAAGUUUUUCCUUCAAAGGCUACCAUGUAAUGAAGAGAGGUAUGUCAUGCAUGAUCUCUAUCAUGAGCUUGCUGAAUAUGUAUCAGCCAAAGAAUAUUCCAGAAUAGAGAAAUCUACAUUUAACAAUGUAGAAGAAAAUCCUCGACACUUAUCUUUUGCUUCAGAUGAGGAUCACUCCAAUGAAAUCAUACAAUUCUAUGCACUCCAAAACGAACAUAUGAAAGAAUCUCAUAUUCCUGGCUUGCGAACAUUGUUGGUUGUUCAAAAGGAUGAACUCAAGGAUGAAAGAAAUACUUUGCGCAUAAAUUUCCCAAGGGGCAUGUUCAAGAUUCUCGGGUCUUUGAGGGCUUUGGACUUAAGUAAUACUAACAUGGAGCACCUGCCCCACUCUGUUGGUGAAUUGAUACACCUUAGGUACUUAAGUCUUGAGAAUACCAAAAUCAAGUGUCUGCCAGAGUCAAUAAGUGCCCUCUUCAAGUUGCAUUCAAUGAAUCUCAAAUGUUGCAAUAACCUUAGUGAAUUACCUAAGGGAAUAAAAUUCCUCACUAAUCUGAGGCAUCUGGAACUGCCAUCCAUGGACGAUUGGAAUAUGUACAUGCCAUGUGGAAUUGGCGAAUUAACAAACCUACAGACAAUGCACGUGAUCAAGGUCGGAAGUGAUUCAGGCAGCUGUGGGAUUGCUGACUUAGCUAACUUGAAUAAGCUUAGGGGAGAAUUGUGCAUCUCAGGAAUAGAGAAUGUGCCAAGUGCACAAAUUACUCCUGAAGCUAGCAUCAAGAACAAAGGUGAAUUGCGUAAAUUGAUACUCCACUGGUCUUCCAUCGACUCCAUGUUUUCUUAUGAUGCAUCAUCUGUGUUGGAUAGUCUUCAACCUCACCCUGAUCUGGAGGAGCUGACUGUCAGGGGAUUCUCUGGUGUCAGAUUUCCUAUAUGGCUGGGAAAUCAGUAUAUGUUUAGCUUGUCCAUUUUAGAACUAAAAGAUUGCCGGAACUGCAAAGAACUGCCAUCUCUUGGUCGGUUACCUUGUCUCAAACAUCUUUCAAUCAAUUCGCUCACCAGCAUAAAGCACGUGAGCCGAAUGGUUUCUGUCCAUGAUGAAAUUAACUGCGGUGAUUAUAGAUCCAGCAUCAGCACAGCCUUUCCUACAUUGGAGACACUGAAGUUUUCCAACAUGGACUCCUGGGAGCUAUGGGAUGAGCUUGAGGUCCCAGAUUUCCCUUGUCUUCGGCAUCUCACCAUUCUGAGAUGUAGCAAACUGAGUGGGUUGCCCAAUCUCCAGGCACUGCAAAAUCUUCGUAUAAAAAAUUGUGAGAAUCUACUCGAGUUGCCAAAUUUCCCAUCCCUCCAAUGUAUUAAAAUUCAGGGUUUCUGGAGUGUUAAUCAAAUACUGCAGCUCCCAAUAUUUUCUCAUGUUGAGACAUUAGAACUCUGUUGUCACAAGAAACUUGUAUCAGUGAAAAAGAUCCAGAAUCCUGUCCUUCACAGUUUGAGUUUGAAGCAGAAAGGACCGUUACAUAAGGUUUCAGGGUGUCAAGUAUUGCCUUUCCAUAAUCUGUUUGUUCAAGAUAGUCAGACAACUUGGACAUUUUUAAGGUGUGCGAGACGAAUACAUGAAUGCGGCUGCAAUUUUAUUGCAUUUACUGAUCUUACCUUUGGACAAACCAAUGUCCAUCCUUCUAAAGUUGAUACCUGCAAAGAUGUAUCAUUCCAUGCUGGACAUUCUGAAGACGUUGAACUUCUAUCCUGUAAACCAGUUUGGGUUGAAAUAGGUCAACCAGAAGAUAUUGAGCCUGUUUGCAUAGACUAAUAACAGACUAAUGAGAAUGAAAUCAGCGUGAUGGACGAACCAGGAUCCUCAGGGGGUGAUACCUGGAUAGUGCAGCUCAAAUCAGGGUAUUUAGAAGCUAAUGCAAUCAGUAAUCAAUGCUCAAGUUUUUCAGUUUUGGAUUGGAGUUGUGGUUAGCUGAUGUCGUAUGGCGAGUAACAUCAACAAAACUCAGCUGGUGUCGAGGUUGUUCCAUUCUGUAUUUUCUUUCUGAUUCUGGUAUUUCAGCAAUACACAUACGUAUGUAUUCCUGGUACGUUCCUGUUAAUACUGUAUGUGCAUUCUGAUAUUUCAGCAUACACAAAUAUUCUUGUAAUGAACAGGAAUUUACAUUCAAAGAAUCUGUAUUCAAAAUUGACCGCGCACAUAAA